AUGGCCCAGGCCCGCCGAUAUCUCGAGCGCGGCCACCCGCCCAAGAUCCCUAUACUGGUGCCCCCGGACUUGAACCCACACCGCAGCGAGGACCGGUGGACGCUGGAGGGCUUCCUGAGCGUGAUACGGACAAGGGGGUCUAUCGACGUCCCUGUCGUGGAUAAGAGAGACGACUCGCGCCAUGACGAGGGUUACUUUCUGCACCCGCGGCGCAUGGACGCCCGCGGGGCGGUGGAGCGGUUCGAGGGCCCCGACGCCGAGCCGAUAAACAUGAUCAACAUCAACGGCCUGAUCAAGGACAACCCCGUCCCGCCGUGCCUGCAAGACCUCAAGGACUACGCCGUCAUCCAGCGCGUGCAGGCCGACAACGGCAAGCUCGAGGGGGGCGGGGCCCCGCUCAUGGCGCGCGAUCUCACCGACUCGUUGCGCUUCCACCUGCUGGCCCACCACAACGUAUUCCACCUUCCUCACAUCGACCGCCACGGCGUGAUCACCUCCGUCUUUACCGACACAGGCAACAAGCUCUGGCCGCUCUGGCCCGGCCAGGAAGACGACAGACUAAAGGACUGGGCGGCGCAGAUGUCGUCGUCAUCGUCGUCUCCAAGCGAGGUCCCUCGGGGCCCUGUGGUGGCGCUGCACCUGCCACCGGGCUCCCUGCUCGUGCAGCCGGCUGGCACGAUCAACGCUCCCGUGACUCGCGGCAAGACGGUCAUGACGGGGACGAUGCACCUGCAAGCCAGGGCCGUCGAGGCGAGCUUGCGACAGACGGUGCUCCAGGUGAAGAAUCCGUCCGCGACGAACAAGCCGAUGGCGGCCGAGUAUCGACCCAGGAUGAGGCAGAUUGUUGGACCUUUUAAUGAAUGA